GAGCUGAUCCUCCAGAUCAUCGACUGUCUCAUCCCCUCCGCCUCGCGCAAGAUACACCCCCCGAGCGACAUUGUAACACAGACCUUGCUUAGUCUUACCCUGGCAUGCAAACUCACUCACCACCCCGCGCGACGGCUGCUCUUCCAGCACUGUCUCUAUAUCGACUCGCGGGAGCGACUUGACAAGCUGCUGGGCCAAAGCAGGUACUUGGGGGAAAGCAGCGAUACCACUACCAGCGAUCAAUCCCAUCUUUCUCCGCCAAUUCGGGCUCACUCACUCUACCUAGCCCCAUUCCCGCCUAAUCAGCUCGAUGAUUUCCACACAGUGCACCAGGUGGGCCGACUGCUCUCGCAGGUUGGGACUACUCUCCGAGAGCUCGUUAUCAACAUCCCUCUCCGAUAUCUGCAUCCAGAAGACGACGUGCAGGGCCUCCGCGCGAUCCUCCGCGCCGCGUUCUCCCGCCUCCCCGCGCUGGAGGAUUUCUGCUCCGUCCAGGACGAGCUUUACCUGAAAGCCUUGCCGCAGGAGCCGGAAGCGGGGGAAUUGAUUGAGGACCCCGCCGUAUGGCUCACUUGGCCGCGCCUGCGUCGUCUCGCGCUAUACAACCCUUGUGUAGAGGGUUAUUUCGUGGAGAGUCUACUGCAGUGCUCACCGCAUCUCGCGCAGGUGGUCCUCACGCGACCCGAUUGUUACAUGGGCGAGGCACUGCCCUCGGAAGUCGCGGAUCGUCUUCCUUGGCCAGGGCUACAACGAGUUCUGAUCGUCAACACCAGGGAGGGCCACCGCCGUGACGCUCGUGUCCGCGACCACUUUCUUCCAGCAGCCCUGGGGCAAGCCAGCUUUUGGUCCCGGCUGCACCUCGCUCAGCAGGGUACGAGGUCGACUGAUGACUCAGGGGAAGGGAUGGUUGGAGGGGCACUAAUAGCGUACGCGGACGUGCCUGUCUCCUCGGGGCAGGAAGGCGGGGCCAACGAUGACAAUCCUCUAUCACAGGAGUGGGUUUGCGCUCGCGCAAUGGAUGGAACAUUGUGGGAAUGCCCGGGGUUGCCAUAUACCGACCAGUAUAUAUGA